AUGCGGUCGUCUUACGCUACCGGUGCACUGCUAAGCGCAGUAAUCGCGCAGCACUCUUCCUCUCCCACCUACGCCACAGCCCGCCUCUACACCUCCAACUUCGGCAAGGCCAAAGCAGACGCCGAGCCAUUGGACGCCGAGCAGCCCUCUGACAACUCGGACACGGCAUCAAAGGGACCGUUAUCCUCCUCCGCCCCGUCGCAGCUGCCGCAGCGAUACCGGCGGCGUUCCUCUGACCCGCAAACACCGCGGGAAAGGGCAGACUUUCGGCGCGACUACAAGUACGCGAAGCAUCGCCCCCUCCCAGACGCUCCGUGGCGACAACUGAAGGCGAAAACGUACCUUGACGACGCGGAGCGUCUAUAUGGUCGCAAAGAGACUUGGCACACCGUCGAGGAUGCUACUCUGCGGGAAAAGCUGGUUGCCAUUCUGCAGGAUUAUCUGCGUGACACCCUUUCGGCUGCCCGCCUGGAGACCAAGGAUGCCCGCAAGUACGCCUUUCUGUGCUCCACUGCAGCGAAGCACUACCGCGCUCACGUUUCUUCCGGGGCCUUUGGUCUGCCAGAAGGCUUGCAAGAGUGGGCACGGGGCGUGGUAGCCGGCCGUGCCUCCUCACCCUCUGCCGCAAAAUCGUCCACCACGCUGUCGAUGUCUCCUGAGAUGGAAGAGGGCGACGCACAUGGGGAAGGGGUGUCGAAAGAAGCGGGCGCCUCUUUCGUGCCGUCGCACGCAGCCGCGGCAGAUGGGCACCACAGCGACUCUGCUGCGGCUUCCCCUUCCCAAGAGGAACGUGACGCUGCUCGGUUUCGCGAGGAGCGCCGGCGUCGUGGUGCCGAGGCGAACCUGGCAAAUACCGUUGCCAUGGCAGGCCUGCCUGAUGCUGACAGUCGGCAUUCGCCCCACUCUGCCUUUCCUUUCCUCCGGCAACGCGCGGUGGAGAACGAGACCACGCUUGAUCCGUCCUUGGUCGAUUGGACGGCCAAGUACUUCUCUGAGGAUGACGCUAGCACGUUCGCGGAGCCGCCACGGCUUCGUGCGGGCAUGGUAGAGAACGAGGAGGGAGGUGUAUCCGAUCGGGAAGCAACCGGAGACAGUCGACAGGAGGAAGGCGCUUCGCCUCUUGGGAUACUCGGUGCCGCCAAAGGCAAGCGCCCGUCAGGCUUUGCGCCGCCGACGUCACCUGUGGCUCACCGCUCUGCCUCAGUGCACGCACGUCACCGUCUGGGUCGCACGUUGCGCGACCACGAGAACCGUCAUCGCGCCACCUUCGAUGCCGAGGGUAUCUACUACAAGGUUCGCCGGCAGAGCGAGGUAGAAGAGCGUGCGCCGAAACCACAGCAGGUGAGGGCCUCCGACCUGGAGACGCUCGGCAGGCAGGUCGACGUGGUGAAGGUGCCAUGGAGUGUGGCAGCCAAAGCAAAGGCACAGGGAUACUCGAGUGACACGCUGCGGGCAAAGGAGCAGCUGAUUCGACUCACCCGCGGUGAAGACCCCGAAACAAUUCCAUAG